CUCACCUCUCUCAAACUCUGCAACUAAAAUUCAAUCUUCUUCUUCAAAAUGUCCAAGAAAAACAGUAAUGUGGGUCGUAGGGCAUGGAACCUUCUGCGUCUAGCAAUCAUCUGGGCCAGAAAAGGCGGAGUUUUCAAGCGGAGGUUUCUCAUGGACUUCCGCCUUGUGCCCAAGUUCAUCAAGAGUCUCGGCCACGAGGCCACGCCUCGUGGCCAUCUGCAUUAUGGCGAGCAUGAGCUCUCCUUUGACGAGACCUCGAUUUUCAACGUCAAGAUGCACCGCCCGGCCUCCUUGCGCUUCCACUUCCCCUGCAUUACCGCCCCGCCUGUUGACUUCGAAUAUGAGUUUGAUGGCGACGGUGAUAGUGAUGGCAACAGCGAUGAAGUUUGUAGCUACGAGGAAGGGCGGAGGAGUUCGGGAUACAGUGGGGACGAGGAGAAGGAGGAGGAAGAUGGGAUUGAUCUGAGAGCUGAGAAGUUCAUAGCUGAGUUCUAUGAGCAAAUGAAAAUGCAAAUACAGAUUUCUUCUUCGCAAUGUGUUCAGAAUCUUUGAAUAAAAUAAGGGUUUUGGUGAUGGAUUUUUGGGAGUUGUUUUCAAAUUACUUAUACAAGACAAUAUGUUUUCUUUUCUUGAAGUUUUGUGUAAACUUUUUUUUUUAUUUUUCGAAAUUUGUUUGUAAAUACCGGAAGCUUCCACCUGAGAUGUACAAUUUGCUUGAAUAAAGAGAGAUUUUGAUUC